CCCCGUUCAGGCCCGGGGCGAUGUCAGAGGCGGACCCCGAGGCCGGGGGGGGCUCGGAGGGGGGCUCUGAGGGGCCCCCCCGGGACCCCCCGGGGCCGCUGGCGCUGCUGAAGGCGAAGGCGCUGGACGUGACCUUCGAGGUGGGCGACGAGUACGAGGUGAUCGAGACCAUCGGCACCGGAGCCUACGGAGUCGUCAGCUCUGCCCGCAGGAGGGACAACGGCCAGCAGGUGGCCAUCAAGAAGAUCCCCAACGCCUUCGACGUGGUGACCAACGCCAAGCGGACGCUGCGGGAGCUGAAGAUCCUCAAGCACUUCAAGCACGACAACAUCAUCGGCAUCAAGGACAUCCUGCGGCCCACGGGCCCCUACGGCGAGUUCCGCUCCGUGUACGUGGUGCUGGACCUGAUGGAGAGCGACCUGCACCAGAUCAUCCACUCGUCGCAGCCGCUGACGCUGGAGCACGUGCGCUACUUCCUGUACCAGCUGCUGCGCGGCCUCAAGUACAUCCACUCGGCCAACGUCCUGCACCGCGACCUCAAGCCCUCCAACCUGCUGGUCAACGAGAACUGCGAGCUCAAGAUCGGCGACUUCGGCAUGGCGCGGGGCCUGGGCGCCGACCCGCGCCAGGCCAAGGCCUUCCUGACGGAGUACGUGGCCACGCGCUGGUACCGCGCGCCGGAGCUGCUGCUGUCGCUGCACCGCUACACGCGCGCCAUCGACAUGUGGUCGGUGGGCUGCAUCUUCGCCGAGAUGCUGGGCCGGCGCCAGCUCUUCCCGGGCCGCAACUACGUGCACCAGCUGCAGCUGAUCAUGGCCGUGCUGGGCACGCCGCCCGCCGGCGUCAUGGCGGCCAUCGGCGCCGAGCGCGUGCGCGCCUACGUGCAGAGCCUCCCGCCGCGCCCGCCCGUGCCCUGGGAGAGCCUCUUCGGCGCGGCCGAGCCGGCGGCGCUGGCGCUGCUGGGCCGGAUGCUGCGCUUCGACCCCCGCGAGCGCGUGGGCGUGGCCGAGGCGCUGCGCCACCCCUUCCUCGCCAAGUACCACGACCCCGAGGACGAGCCCGAGUGCGUCCCCGCCUUCGACUUCGCCUUCGACCGCCAGGCGCUCACCAAGGAGGAGAUCAAGGCGGCCAUCGUGGCCGAGAUCGCCGACUUCCACGCCCGGCGCGACGGCAUCCGGCGCCACAUCGCCCUGGCGCCCUCGGGCGCCGCCGGCGGGCAGGGCCCUCCGGGGGGCGCUGCGGCCAACGGGGGGGUCAGCGUGGCCAACGUCAACAUGGCCAACGCCAACACACCCAACGUCAAUAUGGCCAACGCCGGCAUCGCUGUGGCCAACGUCAACGUCAGCGUGGCCAACACCAACACUAACGUGGCCAACGUCAGCGUGGGCAACGGCGGUGGCAACGCGGCCAACGCCAGCAUCAACGUGGCCAAUGUCAACGUCAACAUGGCCAACGUCAACGUGGCCAACCUCAACGUGGUCAACGCCAACGUGGCCAACACUACCAUGGCCAACAUCAACAUGGGUAAUGGCGUCGGCAACGUGGUCAACACCAACAUGGCCAACAUCACCAUGGCCAACACCAACGUGGCCAACACCAACAUGGCCAACAUCGCCAUGGCCAACGCCAACGUGGCCAACGCCCCCAGCGGCCCCGCGUGGCCGCCCUGCGCCGACGUGGACAUGCCGAGCCCCGGCCCCGCCCCCGACUGCCCCAUGGACUCGCCGCAGGUGAAGGUGGAGCCGGGAGCGCCCCCGGUGCCCAAGCGCGAGGGCGCCAUCUCCGACGACACCAAGGCCGCCCUGAAGGCGGCGCUGCUCAAGUCAGCCAUGAGGAACAAGAGCAAAGACGCGCCGGCUGGCGCCGGGAGGCCCCCCGAGGGCCGGAAGCCGGUGACGGCGGCGGAGCGGCAGCGGGAGCGGGAGGAGAAGCGGCGGCGGCGCCAGGAGCGCGCCAAGGAGCGCGAGAAGAAGCAGCGGGAGCGGGAGCGGCGCGAGCCCCGCGGGCGGGGGGAGGGGCUGCAGGGGCUGGUGCUGAGCGACGACGACCGGCACCUCCUGGAGCGCUGGACCAAGAUGCGCGACAGGGCCCCCGCGCCCCGGCCCGCCCGCGCCCCGCCCCGCCCCCGCCCUCCCCUGCCUGCCCCCGCCCUGCCUGGCCCCGCCCGAGGCGUGGCCGGGCCCGAGGCGUGGGCGGAGCCUCCUGCCGGCCCCGCCCCGCCGGCCCCGCCCCGCCGCGACCCCGACGUGGCCACGGUGACGCGGCAGCUCUCCAAGUCCCAGGUGGAGGACCCCCUGCCCCCCGUGUUCCCCGUCACCCCCAAGGGCAGCGGCGCCGGCUACGGCGUCGGCUUCGACCUGGAGGAGUUUCUGAGCCAAUCGCUGGACAUGGUGGGGGACCCCAAGGACAGCCAGGGGGACUCGGCGCCGCUGUCGGCGUCGCUCUUGGCCGACUGGCUGGAGGUUCACCGGCUCAGCCCCGCGGCGCUCGAGAGCCUCCAGCGCGACCUCCAGCUCGGCUCCCCGAUGCUCCUGGCCGACGACCUCCCCGAGCCCUGACCCCCUGGAGGCCACGCCCCCAAGGGGGAGGCCACGCCCACAGGGGUGUCAGCCCCACCCCCAGGGGUGUCGACCCCGACCCCCAGGGGUGUCAGCCCCACCCCCCAGGGGUGUCGGCCACACCCCCAGGGUGUCAGCCCCACCCCCUGGGGUUGGCCCCGCCCCAGGGGAGUCAGCCACACCCUGGGGUGUCAGCCCCACCGCCCGGUGCCUCGA